AUGGUCAAGCCGCAGCUCACUUAUGUGGCACCAAUCUGGUCUCCUACAAUCAGCUCCUCCAGCUUCUGGCACCUCCAGUCAGCACAGAACGCUGCCCUCCACACGAUCACGGGUUGCUAUAAAAUGCCGCCUAUCGAUCAUCUCCAUGCAGAGGCUUCUGUCCUGCCAGUCGUUCAUCACAACACACUCCUAGGCUGGCAGUUCUGGUGGACCUAUAUGCAAUCCGGCCAUUCUAAUCACCACCGUCGCCAUGCUUCUGAGCCCAGCCGCAACGUUCAGCCGUCUAUUCCAGCUCUCUACAAGGAAGCUGUCACCUUGUCUCUCUCGGAUCUAUGUGUUGAUAGCUCUGCCACCAAGAAAGGCUUCCAGCGUCUCCACCAAAGAGCCGUCGUCGAGGAGAAACGAGGUUACCGUCCCCCGGUCUUUUUGAGUGACUAG